AUGAAAAGCCGUUUGCAAAUAUUUAUCUAUCUGCUGCUAAUUCAAUGCGCGCAUAUACUUGCCUUUGAGAACCCUACAAGUACCUAUGUUCCAACGAACGUUGACUUUGGUUUAAUUGUUCUCAGAAAGACUAUAAUUUCAAUAAGAGUGUAUAUACCUAGUAGCGUUGCGGAAAUGUAUAGAGACCACGAAAUAGAAAUUGCCCCCAAGGUAAUUGCUAUCUUCAAAAUAGUUGAGAAUGGUAUAAAUAGAACUCUCAAAAAUCUAAGGAGCGAAAAAUACUACAGUCUUCAUCCAAUUAUUACAAUAGUUGACUCUAAUGACCCAAGAAUAAGAACAUGCCCCAACUCGAUUGCGGAGCUGUCUCUUUUCCUAUCAAACAUAUACAAUCUUGAUCUUGGCGCAACUUCUUUUAUUUUUAUUACUCUAUGUCCCCUUGCUGCUAUUAGGGCGCAUCCUAUAUAUCUUCCGCAAAAGCACUUUUAUAUCAGCCAGGGCAUUACUGGCACACAUAAUACAAUGAACAUUAUUUUAUCUGAAGUAGACCACUAUUUGCUUGUAAACGCUCUUGCAAGAGCUAUUCUUAAAGCCUGUGAUUUGUAUACAAUAGAGCCACUGGCAGUGCAUUCCCUUCAUGGCGACGGAGAUGUGGCUUUAAUAAAUAUAAGAGUUUUAAAAGAGACUGCACAUGAAAUGCUUCUUAAGGAAUAUCUGGGUGAAUGA